CAGGGGAAGGAAUGAACCCAACUCUUCCAAUUUGGGCCUUAUUCCUUCUCAUAUCCACAGCUCUCACCAAUGCCAGAGAUCCCAUCUACGUGGCUUCUCCAUUAACUUCUCCACCUCCUCCAGAGAUGCAGAUAACACUAAAGCAUCAUAAUCACCAUUUAGACAAAGUGUUAGUUUUGCCGAUCAUCCUGGCUUCUGUUGCACUUGCUAUCAUCUUGCUAUCGAUAUGCUGUGGCUGGACCUUUCAGCGUAAAAGUCAUCAAAAUUCGGAUUCGGAGGACAUUCGACCAUCAGGAAAGAUGGUGGGCAAGAAAGGAUUGCUUCCCAUGAUUCAUUACACCUUGUUAGAAGCUGCUAGUAACCAGUUUUCUGAGUUUAGUGGAGUAUCUGGAUACCUGUAUAAAGCUCACUUUGAUGAAGGCAUUACUGCUCUCGUGAAGAAGUUAAAUGGUCGCAAGCAGGAGUAUGAAAGAGAGUUUGAGAAUGAGAUAGAUCUGCUGAGUAUAAUAUGCCAUCCAAAUAUAAUCUCUCUUGUGGGUUAUUGUGUUCAUGCGGGGACUCGGUUCCUUGUCUAUGAGAUGAUGGAAAAUGGAACUCUGGAGACACAGUUGCACGGACCUUCUCGUGGGUCAGCGUUAUCCUGGCACAUUCGUAUGAAAAUUGCAGUUGAUACUGCGAAAGGAUUAGAAUUUCUUCAUGAGCACUGCAACCCGCCAAUUAUUCAUGGAGAUCUAAAAUCAUCUAGUAUUCUUCUAGAUUCUGAGUUUAAUGUGAAGAUUUCUGACUUUGGCCUUGCGGUAGCUGCUGGUAGUCAAAACAAAGCUAACCUCCAGCGUUCAGGUGCUCUGGGUUAUGUUGCUCCAGAGUGCCUCUUAAAUGGGGAACUCACCGAGAAAAGCGAUGUUUAUGCUUUUGGAGUGAUCCUUUUGGAGCUCCUGAUGGGAAGAAAACCAGUGGAGAAACCAACACCAUCUCAAUGCCAAUCUAUUGUCACUUGGGCCGUUCCUCAGCUCGCUGACAGAUUACAGCUUCCAAGCAUAGUGGAUCCUGUGAUCAGGAACACUAUGGAGCUAAAACAUUUAUGCCAGGUUGCAGCGAUUGCUGCUUUAUGUGUCCAACCAGAACCUGGUUACAGGCCACUGAUGACAGAUGUCCUGCAUUCUCUCAUUCCUCUUGUGCCGAUAGAACUCGGAGGCACGACGAGAGUUAUGGAGCCAUUAGCCUGUGCAAACAAGGAAUCCUGUGUCAUUUGAUUGGCAUAUCACAAUCCAUUUACCUGAUGAACAUGGCAAGCCUGCAACAAGUGAGUGCAGAUCCAUCAUCUAUAUAGCUUAUGCACAGGUUCUCCUUAGUUCUGUCCCUAUGUUGCCCCCAAUGAGUUCCAAAUUGUUGUUCUCUUGGUAGCUUGCUUUGAAGCUUGGUUGACAGAAUUCUUUGUAGAAGAUGGGCUGAUUCAUAAGAAACAUUUUUUCUUUCUUUCAUGCAGUUAUAAGAAAGUUGUGCAGCAGUUGUUUUUCUUGCAUUCCGAAAGAUCACUUGUAUGGAAAUGAACUGUAUGGAAAUACUUUAAUGUAUUUUAACUAAAUUUAUGUAAGCUUUUUGGCAGUUGUUGAAUUCCAAAGAAAUGGAUAUGAGUUACAUGGAACGAGG